AGAAAAGAAUAUGCUUGGUGUGAACAUCACUUUCGUUGUCGUUAAGUGCCAGAACGACGACGACAUGCAUUCUGUCGUUUGAUUUAAGCAGCGGACGACACCAUCUCCUUCACAACAUCCUUAAACUCUGUCCUGCAAAUCCAGACUACGGCUAUGGAAACCAUAUACAGAUUCUCACUUCGUCUCGCCCCGAUAUCUCUCGCCGAAAAAUGCCUCCAACCCAGAACAAUCACCCCGAUAUUUCGGAAAACCCGAAUACACUUUUCGAACCCCGGACCUCUAAACCCGGAACAGGCCUUUAACACACAUUUCCCGACUCGGAAAAGCUACAGCUCAGGCUCUUCUCCAGUUGCCAAAGCGGGUUGGGUUCUGGGUUUGGGAGAGAAGAAGAAAAGCACGAGCUUGCCCGAUAUAGUGAAAGCGGGUGACCCGGUUUUGCACGAACCGGCCCAAGAUGUUGAGCCAGGGGAUAUUGGGUCGGAGAGGAUCCAGAAGAUAAUUGAUGAUAUGGUGAAGGUGAUGAGGAAGGCUCCUGGGGUCGGUCUUGCUGCUCCGCAAAUUGGAAUUCCCUUGAGGGUCAGUUUUGGGGUUUUCAGUAACAAGAUGGUCCCUAGAACGUUUAGAACUGUUGAAAACUUGGAUUUACCUCUUGCUGAGGGGUGCCCCAAGCUUGGAGGUCGCUAGCUUAUAG